AUGUCUGCUGACGAAGGCAAGCCUUUCAUCCAGUCACAGACGUACAACGCUACUGCCCCCCAGCCCGCAGUGGCCCCGACCGCCCCAGUGCCUAUGGCCAACAUGUUCUUCUCCGACGAUCCAACGACUAUCACUUGUCCUUAUUGCAAGGCUACUACUACCACUAACGUCGAGCAUAAGGUCAGCGCUGGUUCAUGGAUCUGCGUCGCUAUUCUCGCCCUAGUGUGCUUCCCUCUUGCCUGGUUGCCUUGCUGCUGUGAUUCAUGUCAGCAGGCGGACCAUUCAUGCGCCAAUUGCAAUCGCAAGGUCGGUGAGAAAGUGUUCAUCACUUCUUAG